UAAUGGGAGGUGGUGCAUGUAAGGCUGAUUUGCAACCCGCCGAAGUAACAGCAGAGAAGGAGGGAAAAUGUCGCUGCCUUCGACGCGGACCGUUCUAGGAUCAGUGUCCUUUUGGUAAAAAAUUUGACUGCGAUUCGGAUAAAACGUCUGCCGUGGAUCUGCUGUGUCAUUAUAAGCUUGUGAAACAGUCCAAAGGAAGUGAGACGUCCCAACAGCUCCUGCGUUGAAGGUUUUACCUUAACUCUUGAGUGACAGCUCACGUUCCCCUUUUGUGGGGUCAACUCUAGGCAAAACCGUUUAACAACAUCGCAGUCACACCACAUGGGCUUCUGAGGUGACCUGAUCUGAUAAUUAAAGCCUCCUGAGCCUCUUCCCUUAGCUGGAAAAGAGAGUUCCAGAGAAGACAUGGACCCAUCCACCAGGAUGAUGGGUCUGGAUGCCCAGGGGAACAUGGUUUUCACCGUAGUAAAACCUGUCAUGAGCAUCUUUCAGGUGUCUUCAGAUCAAACGGCUGGUGUUGCACAGGGCAGCAUGGGCCUGCAGGGUUUGUCAGAAAGCACAUUGAUCCUCCCUCAAGCACCAGGUCAGACUCAUAUGGACCAAAACCAGGUGGAAAUGGAAACCAUGCAGACUCAUAUGCAGCCCCAUAUUCAGACCCAGAUGCAGGUUUCUGUCCCAGAACAGACGGAGGAUGUGUCUCACAAUCAGGACCCAUCACAGCACCUGAGCACAAAUACAGAGUCGGUUACACAGAUGCCUUUCGCAGAGGUUUCGUCACUCCUGGAUCCAAACAUGAAAGGAUCCAAAGCUAGAAAGUAUCUCAUUUCAUACGAUGAAAUCAAACGGCGGCUGCAGCCCCCGGAGAAGAUGUCGCUGCGCUCCCUGGCAGCCUACACCCGGGUCAGCAGAGGUCCAGCCAGCAAGAAAACCCUCCUAGAGUCUCUCAGUGUUCUCGGCCUGACCCCCAGCACGACUACCUCUGUGUCCUCGUCUUUCUCCAAACUCACUGAAGGCGACACUGGAGCUCUGUGUGAUGACAUGAGGGACUUUGCUCAUGACUACAUCGACUACAGCAACAUGUCGAAGCAGCUCAUCCCUGAGAUAAAUACGGUUCAACACUGGUCCAAAAUCAUUGAAACUAAGAACCACCUGGAGGAUAUGAGGAAGGGUUUCAAGGACCCGGUCAACAGUGGUGCAUUUGAUAACGUCACUCAUGGCCUGGGUUUGGGAAUGUUGGACGUAGCGCUGGACAUGAUCGUCAUGGUCAUAGAUCAGCAAAUUCGGGUCCUGUCUGGCGCAGCGGCAUCAGACCCGGCUGACUCUGGUCCUCCUACGCGGCGUAUCCGCAGGCGGCACCGCAAAACCCGUUUGAACGACAGCGAGCGGCAACACAAGGCGUCCGGAGGGGUUAAAGAGCAGGGGAAGAUGAUUGCGAAAGGUAAGGUACGCAGAACGCCGAAGAAAAAAAGACAAGAGACUGGAUCUGCUGCUCCCGUGGAAACGCAGGUGGAACAGUGUAAACCGGAUGAUGUGGAGGGGAACGUCCUCACUCUGGUUUCUGUUGGAUAUGAGACUGUAUCCAGCGGGCUCAAUGCAGCUGGAACUGUUUGAUACCCGAGAAGAGAAACUUGAUGGGACGAAGACACAAGGUUCGACUCUUCAAAAAACUUUGAUCAACUCGGCAUCAACGUGUAAUGUCACAUCAUCACGCCUAAAUCAUGGGACUAGUUUAAAAUUUGAGCGUUUAGCCGGAGUUAUGGCACAAUCCUGUCAUCUUGAAUAUUGGGAUAUUUUCUUAAAUAAAGUUUGGGGUGACAGGAAGUAGAGAGCAGGAGGAGACAUGCAGCAAAGGGUCAGGACUGGGAGUUGAACCAGCGACAGCUUCAACAAGAGCUUUACCCUUUAGGCUGAUUUAUACUUCUGCGUCGACUAUAGGCUGUAUAAAAUAUGGACGUAGUAUCCGUGACGUCACCCAUCUGUUCCUGAGAGCUGUUUUGAAGCCAGUCGACAGCGGCAGCCAUAUUGGAAAUGCAGAACUCAACCAGGCAGAGUGUGACGUAGUGUGAGCCUCCUAGCCAACAGCUUUGUGUUCCUGAUUGGGAGUCACGUCAGUCAUGUCCUUAUUUGGGCAAAAACUUGUAAUCUUAAUAUCUUCUGAACCGUCACGUUAGAAAAAAAUCACCCCCCCAUACAGGGUGUGUCGAUAGAGAGAUUAGCGACUGUAGCCAAGCCGUUUUUUGAAACAGACUGUAAACAUGUUUAUCAAUGCUGCAAAGAUCGUCUUUUCCCCAUUCAUGUCGCUGUGGUUUCUGGUGUUUCUGCAGCCAGCCUCAAGCAGAUUCUCGAUGUAUUGCAGUUUAUAACACUUCCGCAUGGGCUUCAUUGUUUGAGACUGGAGGUUGUCACUUGGCGUCUCCCCUACGCAGCAGGGGCUCUGACUCAGACAUGAGCGACACAUACUUGUGAGUCGAUGUGUCCGUGUCGCGCAGCAAUUCUCCACUGAAACGCUUGAGGGCAGUGCUGUCUCUCUGAUAGCCUGUCGCCUGCUUCAGGCCCCGCUACGAUCUCCUUUUACUUUUCCACAGUGAUUCAGAGCGUGUUAUGUUAAUCUAAAGCUGAUACAUGUUGCUGUUUAUCAUAAAGACAUGAUUACAUGAAGAAUAAAGAGGAGGAGAUGAAAUACAUGGCCGAUGUGCAGCCGAUGUCUGGGAUCCCGGAAGUGCUAUAAAUGCGGGAAACACAAUGCCGCCGAGCGGACCAAUCACAGGGCUUGCAGUCCGCGUCGAUUCUAUGGGUAGUUACAUUUUGGAGGAGGACCCCCGAUGUAGGCUACGCCGAUUCAACGCAGAAAUAUAAAUCAGCCUUUAGUACACGGAGUCAGCUCUGAAAGCGAUCAGCCAAACCGGCUCACCUGUAUUUUUCAGAAGUCUGAAGUUUUGGCAUCUACAAACAUAAAGUUGUAAAAAUAAAUGAUCUAUCAUCAACAUUACAUCAGCUCCCUCGGCGUAUACAAACAAGAGUGAAUAAUUAUGUGGGAUGUGGACAUGCCAUAUGAAGACACAUAUGGAGGGAGGAAGAAAACUUUUUGUAUACCACCUGCUAGCACAUCAUGCUAACCCAGCUCUUUAUAUGAUGUCAACAAAUGCGACCAACAAACCCCCCCAGCGUACUCUGGAGUGUAUCAUGUUGUAGGCUUACACAUAGUGAACCUGAAAGAUUCCCAGUCUUUGCAGUAUCUCACCGGCUGUGAUUGAUGUCUUUAAAUGUGAUUAGGUCAGACUUAAACCCUUGAGAAAUUAGUAAAGUCUUCAAAGUGUUGAAAUGUAUAGUGGGUAUAACCAGCUGAUGAUACAGACAUGACAUUUUGUCCCUUUUCAUGUUAAACUCCAGCAGUUUUUCACAGGAUGUCAAACUAUUUUUGUUUUCCCCUCGAAGAAAAUCUCAUGAUGAAUGCUGUCUGACUGAAUCCAGCCAUAUAUUUUUCUAUGCUGUUUUCAGCAAACACUUAAAAAUCACCUCUAUGUUUAAAUGUUAACAUAACCUGUGAGUGCUGGGAUGGAUGAUAUUUUUAAUGGUGUUCAAAUGUCUCCUUGUAUUUAAUUCAUGUUUAGAUUCCCAGUUAAUGUUGUUCUGUACUAGAUUGUUUAAAAAAAGUCGUCUGUAUUUACUUGAACCUCGAGAGUAGAGUACGAUAUAAAGAUUAAUUUUUGUAA